CCCCCACAACAUGCCUGAGCCCAGCGUCACCACGAGGCUCCGGCUCUCCGGGCUCUGCUUCCUCCUCCAAAUCCUCACCAUCCUCCUCUUCGCUGCCUUUGUGCGCUUCAGCCCCGAGAGCAGCCCCAAGCUCUGCUCCCAGCCCCUCAACUGCAGCUGGAGAAACCAGGAUUCGGGAUUCCAGCACCACCGUUUCCGGGAUGUCCACCUCCAAGCUCUCCUUGGCUUUGGGUUCCUGGUGGCCUUCCUCAGUCGUUAUGGGCCGGGCAGUGUGGCCAUCAGCAUCCUCGUCGUGGCCUUUGCCAUCCAGUGGGCUGUGCUGCUCCAGGGCUUCCUGCAUCAAUUCCGGAAUGGCAAGAUCCACAUGGGAGUUCAGAGCAUGGUCCGUGCUGACUUCUGCGCUGCAGCCACCCUCAUCUCCACGGGAGCUGUGGUGGGCAGGGUGAACCCUGCGCAGAUGCUGCUGCUGGCCCUGCUGGGAGUCACCCUCUUCACCCUCAAUGAGCACAUCCUGCUCGGCCUCCUGGGGGUGAGUGACAGCGGCGGCUCCGUCACCGUCCACACCUUCGGUGCUUAUUUUGGCUUGAUGGUAUCCCGGAUCUUGCCCCAGCUCCAUAUGGACCAGAGGGAGGAGCAGCAGGACACGGGGCACCAGCCAGAUGUCUUUGCUGUGGUCGGAACCAUCUGCCUGUGGAUCUUCUGGCCCAGCUUCACCUCCACCACCACUGCCCAGGGCAGUGCUGAGCCCUGGGCAGUGCUCAACACCUACUUCUCGCUGGCGGCGAGCACCAUGGCCACCUUCAUCCUCUCACCUAUCCUCUGUGAGGAGAGCACCCCGCGGAUGGCUCAGAUCCAGGAUGCCGCCGUGGCUGCUGUGGCCGUGAUGGGUAUGGCUGGGGAGAUGCUGGUCACCCCCUUCGGGGCGCUCAUCGCGGGGUUCCUGGCUGGUCUGAUCCCUCCACUUGGCUUCAGGUUCCUCACGCCCGUCCUGUGUUCCAGGCUUAAAAUCCAGGACACGUGUGGGGUUCACAACGUCCAUGGGCUGCCCGGGAUGCUGGGCGCCUUCCUGGGGACGCUGCUGGCAGCACUGGCCACUGCAGAUGCUUACGGUGGCAGGCUGGAGCUGGUGUUCCCGCUGGUGGCCCGGGGCAGCCGGACAGGCACGGCGCAGGCUCUGCACCAGCUCAGCGCCCUGCCCCUCACGCUGCUGCUGGCCACGCUCGGGGGGUGCCUCACGGGAGCCGUCCUGCGGAUAAAAGGGCUGAGAUCUGCCCCGGCCCCCCGGUACCCGGACAACACGGAGGUAAAGCUGGUGGAUGAGGAAGGAUGUGAGCACAGAGUGAGCAGAAAGGGGCGGGGCACCAGCACCUUGGUCUAAUGACGCCACAGCGAGGUCCAGCACCACCAGUUCAACCCUCUGCUGGCAUCACCAGUGCUGGGCAGCUUCUGCCAGCCCGGAGCUCCCAAUGGCCUGCUCCGGAGGCAGCCAGGCUUGUCCCGAUGUGGGAGCCAGCUCCUGGUCCUGUUUUGGGCACAGUCGGGUGCCCCACAGGCCUUUGCAGGGUGAAGAGAUGCUGCAGUGAUCCGGGUGCUAUUGUGGGAGCGACCAGCUUGUUCCAGGGACACCUCAGACAUGGCUCAGCCACUUCCCCUCUCUGCCUUGUGCCUCAGUUUCCCCAUCUACUGCUCUCCAAGGAGAGGAAGGCGAUGACAGGGGCUGUUUUGGGGUACCAGGCUCCACAGAAAAGACUUCCUAUGGACACUUUUGCACACAACGAUUAAAACCCAAAGAGAUUUUGUAGCUUCA